CAUCAACCAACCAACCAAAUAAAUUCCAAUGUUCACAACCCAAAAUUCGUUUGAAUCUUACAAGGACUCUCCUAAGCAGGUAGUUGCUCCCGCUAAAACCCAGGAACAUUCUUCUAUCCAGCAUGCUCUCCAGGCCGCUUCAAGAAUCCCCACUCGCCACACCUCUUUUGUGUGCCGUGGCUGUGAUGCAGUAGCAAACCAGUACCUCAAUGCCAUUCGCUAUGUUCGUCAGAGUGAGCCAGUCGAGUGCUCUGCCGACCUCCUCCAGCUGGUUUCCAAGGUAGUCGAUCUCGCAUUAUCCCAUACCCAAGACCAUCUCCAUGGAUACCUAAACUGGUCGGAGAUUAUGCUACAAGACCUUUGGGAUUUCGGAAAACAGCUCAAAGACGAGUCACACGAAGCAUUUCUUUAUCCCACCACACUCAAUGGUCCUUAUCAGAGCGCACUGUGUGGUCACGACGACUACAGACGUGCUAUCCGGAUCACAAUCUACAGCUGUCGUGCACAAAUCUAUGAGCAAGCCAAAGAAACUCCAAGAGCAAUGAUAUACUACCGCAAGUGUCUCGCAAUCUCUGCGCCCUUUGAAGAUCAGGAGAACAUCCAGGACAACGUUAGAGCAUCUCUGCAGGCCCACGGCGUCUAUGAGGAUAACAGCUUAGCGACGGGUCGCCCAGGUACAGGUUCUUCGUCCUCGUCUUUUUCGAGCGUAUCUUCAUCAUCAUCUUCUUCAUGUGCCAACUGUGGUGUCGAAAAACGUGCAAUGCCCAUUUGUGCAAAAUAUAGCACUAUCUCAUAUAAUUCAAACUUGUUCUCCAAGAAGAAAUAUGAAUUUGUACCCGUAACUGGAAAUAACACUACAAGUGGCAAUUGCCAAAAUUUUGUCGUGCAGGAGGAUACUUCGUUUUCCACAGACUUUAAGCAUAUAAUCAAGCCAGAAUUAUAUAGCAGCUAUAUCGGUAUAUUGGAGGCCCAUAUUCAUAUGUAUGCUAUACCAUCCGUACUAAAUAAACUGCAGCUUGCUUUCUUGCUUCUUCAUCUCUGGUCACUUGAUCAAGAUUUUUAUUUGGCUAUAUAA